AUGAGGAAAGGAUCUUAUAUCGCCAGCGAAAAUACAAAAGAACUCAUGAGACAAGCAUUUGAGAAGCAACCGUACCCAACAAGACAAGAAAGGGAAGAACUUGCUUCCGAACUUGAUGUCCCGAUCCAUUAUCUCAGUAAAUGGUUUAACAUGCGAAGAUAUCAUUACAAGAAAGCGAAAAAAGCCUUACCAGGAGAAAAGACCGUCUCUACCCGCAAACGUGGCCAAACAAAACACAAUCAAGUGAAAGAAGCAACGAUUACGAAAGAACGAGCUCCCCAAACACAAGAAAGCUUCUCGGUUCCAAGUGUCGAUGAAGGCUCUCGUCCGAUGUUUUCCCAAAACGCAGCAGGACAAGACAAGAUUGCGGAGAAGCGAUCACGCUACAUGCGAUUACUCAAGGAGCACAAUGAGGCAAGGCGCGAGCAUUCGGCGGACAUCAUGGAUCUUCAAGAAAGAAUCACGGAGCUUCAACAAAAACUCGAAGAAAAGAUGCGGCUCUACAAAUCCGAGACCGAGAUAAUCGACAAUAUCAAGGCGAACGCAGCUGUCGAAAAUAUCCAACUCUCAGAAGAAGAAGAAGACGAUGCAUCAGAUGAGGAAGACUUCGUUGUCACUUUGCUCAAUCUCAAAAGCGAAGCCUUCGACGAGGAAAACUAG